AUGGAUACCACUACCGUGAUAGACAAAUACACUCAGGAUAUAUCGAAUCUUCCCUUGGAGAUCAGAUAUAUCUUUGAGGAAUUGAAGACUAAAGAUCACCAAUUAUCUGAAGCCCGAAAAAGAUAUCAAUCAAAGGAUAAUCAGUUACAUAAAUUCAUCAAGCAAAAUGGAACCAAUGCCAAACAUCCUAAAGAACAGCAGUUAUACAUCAAGAUAGAAGAAGAUAUGAAAUUGGUGGAGAAAAUACAACGAGAAAAGAUUUUAUUGGCCAAUACAGCGUUAUUUUUGAUCUCCAAACAUCUCUUCAACUUUGAAACAGAUAUCACAAAACUAGAGAGAGACGACCUUUUACCACCAAUAGAGAAUAUUUACGACAUAGAUGGAGGUGCUUCUGAUUAUGGUGGUAUUAAUGGAAACUCAGAAAGCAUUUCAGUGACACCCACACCAAGACCAGGAUCUUCUACUCCAGUAUCAGAAUCACUUAUACUGAGAAAAGUUCAAAAGAGAAAGACAAUGAUAAAGAGACACAAAAGACCCAGAUCUGACGAUGAUGAUGAUUCUCAAGCUGAAGGUAAACAUGACGGACCAGAUGGAGAUGAUGCGGAUACACAAUUAUACUGCUUCUGCCAAAGGGUAUCGUUCGGAGAAAUGAUUGCUUGUGAUAAUGAUGAUUGUAGAUUUGAAUGGUUCCAUUGGCAAUGUGUGGGUAUCACAUCCACACCCAAGGAUAAUGAGGUUUGGUACUGUCCAGAUUGUGCUCCAAGAAUGGAGAAACGUAAAAAGAAGAAGAAGUUCUAA